UCAAACAUCAGGGAAGUCCGCAGUGAAACUACACGGAGGAAAACAACUCAGCAGCGUCCAUGAAAGCCUUUUAAAGGAAUUAGUCCGCACAGUGUCGUCAUUGUGCCGCUGUAGUUAAUAGUAAUAACUUAGUAAAGUAUUAUAACUUCUCAGUUGGUGUUUAGUAGAGCAUUACUAGGCGGAGGUAACAGCGUUACGACACCGACCUGCGCUUCCUGAAACAAGGCAGACUUUGAGGAUGUCGCUGGUUGAUCAGAGUCAGCAGUGGUUCCCCACCAGUGUGCGCGUAACGGUGCACCAAGGUAAAGAUCUGCGCGCAAAGGGGAAAAAUGGCACAAACGACGCCUACGCCAUUAUUCAAGUCGCAAAAGACAAGUUUUCUACUACAGUGGCAGAGAAAAGUGUGUCUCCAGUGUGGAAAGAAGAGGCGACGUUUGACUUGCCAUUAUUCCACCCGGGAAACGCUGAACGCUGCACACUGUACAUCAUUGUGAUGCAUCGGGCCCAAGUGGGGCUAGACAAGUUCUUGGGACAAGCUGUGAUCAAUUUACUGGAGCUGCAUGACAACAAGGCCCGCAAAAGGACAGAUUGGUUCAAACUGGUAGACAAAACCGGUAAGGAGGACAAAGCCCGAGGGGAGGUGCUGCUGGACAUCCAGUUCAUGAGAAACAACUUGUCAGCCAGCAUGAUGGACCUCUCCAUGCAAGACAAGCCUCGGUCACGCAUCUCUAAAAUCAAAGAUAAAGUGCGAGGGAAGAAAAAAGACAGCUUCUCAGAUUCAUCGUCUGCCAUUGUGCCCUCUGUCAGUCAGGUCCUCACUGAUAGUGAGGGUGAAGGUGAUUCUGUGUCACUCAGCCAAUCUCCAGGAGUGAAAAAGAAAUCUAAACUCAAAACUUUAUUCACUCCUAAAUCAAACCUGCAGCGUAAUGUGUCUCAGUCUAUGACAACUCUGGGAACACUGCCGGAGAAAAACUCAUCCCUUAGUAGCAGCCGGUCCUCUGGGCUCAAUAUUGAUUCUCCCGAUGUUAAGAAGAAAUUCAAAUUCCUGGGCCACAAGAGAACCGGCAGCUCCGACAGCAGGGUUUCCCAAGGGCCUUUCUCAUUACUGAGCCGCUCCAAAAAAGAUGAUUCAAAUAACCUAUGCAUCAAUGGCAGCCAUGUUUAUGCAGAAGAGCCUGAGGCAAAGUCUGGCUCUACUAUGAGCCUCAACAGCUCAGGACAUGGGUCUGUGGAAGAUAUCCGAAAACAACCCUUUGAUGUUCCAGUAGAUGUCCCUGUAGAUGUCCCAGCAUUUAGUAUUACUGUACCAGCACCUCCAAGCAGCCAGUCCACAGAAAGAGCCCUACUAGAGCAACAACGCCAUCAAGAGGACCAGAGAAGAAUAGCAGAGGCCAAGAAGCAGGAGGAGGAAGAGAGGAGGAGAGCAGAUUCUUUAAGACUGCAGCAAGAAGAAGAAAGACGCUACCAGGAGGAACAAGAGAGACAGAGACAACUGUUAGAAGAGGAAACCAGAAUAAGGAAACUUAGAGAGGAAGAGGAGAUGAGGAAGAGGCAGGAGGAAGAGAGGAGGAGGCAGGCGGAAGAGAGGAGGAGGCAGGAGGAAGAGAGGACGCUGGAGGAAGAGAGGAGAAGAAAGGAAGCGGCAGCGGAUGAGGAGCAGAGGCAGGAGCAGCUGAAAGCAGAGGAGCAGAAGAAACAGGAGGAGGCGUCCAUGAGUGAGCGGCUGACCUCUCUGUUUGGGAUGAUCCGUAAGAAAGAGGAAAAGAAGGAGGAGGUGGCCCCAGAGAUCAAAGAGGACAAAGAGGAGCUGCCCACAACCAUCAUGAAGAGUCACACUAUAAGCCAAGACCCACCAUUUCCACAGCAGUUCACCAACCCCUUUGAGGAGAUCUCCCUCAGCUCUGGUCCACCACAGAACACUAACGAAAACCCCACUGAGUUCAAACCAAGCAGCAGCGCUCCCACUGCCUCAGCCAUGGCCUUCCUCAACCGCACCACGGCCAAAGUCAAACCCAGAUUGGCUGAAUCUGAUCCCACUGAAUAUCAAACCUCCAGUUCACAGCCUCCCUCCCCAACCACCCCUGAGUCUCCCUCUACUAGUGUUGUCCCCUCAGAAACUUCUGCUAGUUUUCAAGAUCUACACUUCUCUCUUGCUCCUCAAAGCAAGGACUUAAGUGAUUCAUCUGGUGGCAGCAGUGAAGACCUCUUCUCACCAGUGGAGGAUUCAGAAAACAUGGCGGAUAAGAAGAGGAGAGCCCCUGUGCCGCCAUCUUACCCAGCCAACGGCACUCAGAGUGGAGGCAGAGAGAUUCUUAACCCAGCCUAUGUGGAACCAGACACACAACAGCAAAUCCCAAGGAUGUCUUUACCACUUCCUGAUUAUGAGACACUCUUUCCUCAAAAGAGGCAUGGCGUACAGGGGCAGACUCGAUGGGAUCACAUUGUUGCUGAAGUCAAUCAAAAGCAUAGAGACAGUCACAUUGAGUUCACAGGCACAGAGAUGAGUGUAGACGGCCCGGAAGAGCAUCAAGAAAAACCUCAAAGAAGCUCAACUCCUGUGCAGCAAUAUCGAGCACACACUCCAGAACCAAAACCAGUGUCUUCUAAAGGUUUUGCGGCUCCCGAUCCCCCCAAACAAGUGGCACCCCCUCAGUAUAAGACGCCAACUGAAACUAGCCAGAAAUCAAACCAGAACUCUAGUCAGAAUCGAUCAUCUAUUUUGGGCCCUGAUUCAACGCAACAGCAGAUUCCCACUGAAAUGCAAAUGCAAAUUCCCACAAAUGCAGACUCUGAAUCAUCUCGGAAAGUGUUGCACCCAUCCUUGAAUGUACAGGCACCCAAACCAAAAAGUCGAAUGGAAACCAAUAGGUCACCACAAGGAAGCCUCAGAAUUACUCAAACAACUGAUAAUAAAGAAGCACCCACAGCCAAACCCAGACAAAAACCUAGCAGAGAAUCCAUGUUGAUUACACAGAGCAAUACUGAACCUGAUAUUAAAGAAAUAAAGGCUACUGAAACUGAAUUCGACCCUUUCCCGAACAACCUUCUCUCUCAAGACCCAUGGGGACAGACGCAAGAAUUUCACAAUGUAGAUCUUUUUACUGACAAGGAGAAACCAGAAGAACAAGGAAUGACGCCGGAUGAUCUUGAUAACUUUUUUAGUUCAAAUAUAACAAGCGAUCCUUUCAUCGUUUCAAAAAGAAAUGGCUCUCAACCUAAAGAGGACAAAAGUAACACACCACAACGUCAAAGUGAGCCUAAAAGUUUUUAUGACAGAGAAGACCCAUUUGCACCUGAUGCAUUUACUUCUACAGUCUCUUCUGAGCCCCUCCCUGUAGUCUGGGAGGAACCAGCGGCUGGAGGUUUGGCGGGAAGCAAGAGUCCAAUACGUGCAUGGGUGUCACCUUCUGAGGUUCAGCCGGUCAGUGUGCAGACAAACAGUGGAGGUGGGCUAGCUUUGUCCCAACGCAGACCACAUCCUGUCAAACCCCUGAACCCUGCUGAUAGCCAUCAACCAUCAAGCACGCCUGCUUUUAAAGAGAUCAAAGUUCAGGAUGGCGCACCUACUAAGUACAAGGUGUCUGGCUCUUCGGAAAGUGGACCUUACACUCAGCUAACACAAGAGGAGCUGAUCACACUGGUGGUGAAACAGCAGGGGGACCUGUCGAAGAAAGACGCUAAGAUUGUGGAGCUGGAAGAGUACAUAGACAACCUGCUGGUGCGCGUAAUUGAGGAGAAACCCAGCAUCCUGCAGUCCUUAGAUGCUAAACCUAAAUAAGGAGUUUUGAGUUGUAAUCCUCUAAUUUGUAUGGCGGGAGGGGGAAGUGGAGGGGGGAAUGACAUAUGCACUUUUUUCACUCGAGGAACUGUUAACAAGCACGUAUUUAUGGUAAUGUAUUUGCUGUAUUAUUAAGAUCUUAAUCAUUGAAAACACUGAAAUGAAAUUAUACUUCAAAGGAGUUGAGUUAUAUAGUCGGUGAGCUAUGACACUUUUAUUUCUGUACACUGUGUUUUACACUGCUGAUCUAUCAAACUUGAAUAACAUCACGGUCAGUCAUUGGCCUUCAUUUUUCUGUCAUUUACUUUGGUGUUUUUAAUCAUCACAGGUAAAUGUCAGUGGUGAUGAUUUGAUGAUUUUGUCAAGAAUGUAUUAUAACAGCUAGGAGAAAAGAAAUUAUUGUUGGUGUAUGUUGCUUAUAUGAUAACGUUGGAAAAAUAUGUACUUUUGCUUGCACACUUGCACUCAAUUGAAAAGAUGUCAAUUCUUAUUUUACAAUGAUUGAAUACAGUAUAUUAUGUAAUGUUUUGUAUUUAUAAAAAGACAACAAAGAACUCAGUUUCAGUCUUAUCUGAACUAAUCUUACCUUAAAAUUGUUUAACUUAGAAAACCACCAGCACCAUCUGUAGUCUUUUAUACGCUGCAUAUUUGGUCUAUAAGUUGAAAGCAAUAUUAUUGAUAUUCUAAAUAUGUUUAGAUGUUUCUGUGACGUAUUUCUAUCCGGCGACCUUUCUGUGACAUUUAAUUUGAGUUGUGUUAGCUUCCACAGAUCUGUUUUUGUGGAGAAAGCAUACUCAAAUGAUCUUGUACAAAGCUUUUGAACAAAACACAUAAAAGGUAUAUUUUUAUGAAUAUCAAAUAAAAGACACUAAUUAUUUUAUUAAA